AUGGCCACGUUGCCCUUAGAAACUGAUUCAGGUAUAACAAAACUCCAUGUCUUUUCGGCAGAGAAGUAUGGAAAUCGUAUAAAGAUUUUUCAUAAUGAUACUUUUCGAAUUCAACUGCAACGAUAUUUAUCGACAACGCACAACACUAAGAGUUCCAUUGAUCUAACAGACGUACAAAAUGUUAAUGUAGAACUGAUUGGAGCCAAACAGAACGUCAAAGAAGCACGCGAAAUAUUGAAAAAUCUUUUCGAGUCCAUGCAAGAACAAAUUUUCAAUCGAGAUAAAACUGAUCAACGAGUUAUAUAUUGGGCUCAGAACAUUGUUUCUGAUUCAAUUACCUCAGUCAUACAAGAAAUAAUGUCCAAAGAAGGACUUUUUACUCUUUGCGAUAAAACCGCGAUGUUCCAUGGCUACUUGCGAACAAUCUAUUUUACUCGAGCACCUUUUGCGACUACCGUUGAGAAGAUUAGUGAAUUACUAGCACGUGAGAUUGCUUAUAUUGCAGAUGUUGGCAUGCCAAAAGAGCAAACGAAAAAUUUCAUUAAAGCUAUCGAUGAAUUUAUUGCAAUGAAACAACAUUCCGAGUUCACAUUUAUCCAAUGUCGGUAUCCAUUGAAAGCUGAUAUUAAAUUAGGUUUAUUCGGACGAAAAAAUUUAUUGAAAAAGAUCAGAAAACAACUGCAAUUGCUUUUCAGUAAAUACAGGAUUCAGACGCAUCGAUUGAAGAUCAAUUCAAUUCAACAAGAAUAUUUAUUGGACCAUUGCCGAGAACAAAUUCAAGAUAUUGAAAAUGAAUACACUGAUGAUAACGUGAAAAUUCGAAUAAGAUCGAAAGAAUUCAAUGCACCACAGUACUUAAUCGAUACGAUCAAACAGAAGUUGAGUAAUUUCAUCAGCUAUUCAGCCAUUUGUCAAUUUCGGAAGUUGGGCAAGACAUUUUCAUUGACUGCUAAUGAACGUACACAAAUUGAUCAAAUUGCUCGCAGAAAUUAUUGUCAAAUCGAAGCAAUCGAUGUUCGAACCGACUGGAUUGUUUGUACUAUUCCGAAAGCAUCACCUACGAAAUCAAUAAACACGUCAAAUAUGACUAUUCAACGCUCCAAUGAACUGUCAUCAAUGUUAACCAUGAAAAAGGUUUCAGUAUCAGAGAACUCGAUUGAAAUUUAUUUAAUUGAACACACUGCUUCUGUGCCGGUAAGAUACAUUUGCUGGAAUACUAAUUAUCAAACGUUUAAAUCAUAG